AUGGCGCUCACGUCCCCCAGCUUCUUCCCCGCCCUUGGACGAAAGACUUCAGUGCUCGUGCCUGUCAAUAACGGCGGCGUCGUGCACCUUCGAUUCACGGUCACUGUAGACCCUGAAGAGUAUCGCGAACUUGAACGGCAGAAUGCACAACUUCAACUCUGGUCUGAUAUUCCGGCGCUGGGCGCUGGGCGGCCUGCUGGUCAAUGGGGCGAGAUCAGUUUCCAGCGGGAGGAAGGAGUGCCAACAGGAACGGUGGAGGGUUCGGAGGGCGUCGUUCGUUUCAACGCGAAAUCUUCCGGUACUUCUACGGCGGGCGAGACGAGCAACAACAAAACGCUAUCUGGCGCUUCUACGCUGGACGUUGCGGGGACCUGGCAGUAUUCAUUCACAUAUCGCCUGGCGAGUUCUUCAGGUGAGGUGACUUGGCUGGGAGGGUACGGUCAGGAUGGUGUGCUUGUCCUCAGCUCGAAUCCAAGGCUUGCGGCACAGUCAGACGGUACGCUGCUGCAAGUGUCGGGAAGUUGGAGUGCUUUGGAUGGCACAGACGACUCGGCGAGCUCUCGAACGUUCGCCCGCGAUAUUGGUACAGGUGAACAGCACAAUGACCUAGAAGUUUUGAGGCUGGGUAAGGCGUCGACGUACUCACUCUUGGGCAUCUCAAAGAAUGGGUCGCUAAACUCUGCGAGAAACAUCGAGGAUGCCGCUAUAUUGUUAGCUAUCCCUCACCCGGCGCCCGAAAUUCUUGUAACCCCGACCCUCCUGCUAGCUGCAUCUACGGAUGCCCAUCUCUCUAUGAUAAGUGCCGACAAUAUCGUCUCAGCCUCUGGUUCAGGGACUAUCCGCCUCGCUUUCAUCGACACCCAUUGCCCCAAUGCCUCCAUCAACCAAGCUAUACAAGACGCUAUCGCAUGGGGUUCCUCGAGUGCUCGAAUCUUGAGCCCAGAAAGUGACCGUGUGACCUCGUUGAUAUUGGCGUCUGGGGAAUCCACCACUCCUGCUCAAGUUGCCACCAUUCCUCGUUCUGGCGUACCGGAAGACGUCGCCAUACCCGUCCAGACGUUGACUUCACUUCUGCCCAAAGACACGCAGCAAUUUGCCAUCGUCUCUGUCGAAGCGCGAACCGCCGGCAUAUAUUCUGCCGCUAGCGGUGGUAUCCAUACAGUCGUGGUUUCCACGGGCCCAGAGGGUGCUGAGUUGGUUCUAUCACCCUCCUAUGAUUUACUCGGCCCAGCCGAAACACCACACGAUCCAUCGUUGCUGGUUUCGUUCUUAACGGCACACUCGCUCGCCUUCAGUGCUCCCAGCGAAGACGGCGCAGACGUACUCCCCACGCCCCCUCCAUCGCCCCCGCACCGCGCAGUGAAUACAUCAGAUCCCGUGGAUCCCUUGACGCCGUCGACCUCGGGAUCUACGCAGUUUUCCGACUUGACGACGUCAAUAUCGAAUUCAUCAGAUGUUUCCUGUACUACGGCAUCCUCGGGAUCUACUAUCCCCCGCUCGAAUUCAAGUUCGAAUUCGGAGAGAGCGUUGAUUCCGCAGUUGGGGAUGAGGAGAAAUCGGGGCAUGGUGAUUGCGUGCAUGGGCCUGUUCGUGCAUAUGGCGAAGGUGUUCAUUGGGAGUAUAUUUUGUAGGGUGUUUUAUUUGUUGUUUGGGUCUGGGGCGGGAGCGAGGGCGGGGAAGACGCAAAAGAUGGGAAAUGGGAGAUCGAAACUCACAGAGAAAGCUGAUGAAAGGACUGCGCUACUUCCCAAAGAAACUGGCACGCCGUCACCGGUGACCCUGCGUAUGGAAAAGGAGAAACCUGUGGUUUCUGAACCACCAGCUGUCGAAGAACACAUCGUCGGCAAUACAUCGACCAAGACGGUCUCUACCGCGCGGAGCAGGUUCGAGUAUACUUUCGAUCUACCCGCCGGCAAAGCGACUCUCCUGAUUCAGGACAAAUCUCUUGCUCUGCAAUUAUGGAAGGAUGUUUCUAUCUUGGUUGACGGGAAGACGGCGGUUCCCAACGUCGAGGCGACCCUCGAUGAUAGUGCGAGUGCAGGGGACUUGAAAAUCAUGACGUUCGAGCUGGAGAGGAGUGCUCGCGUCAAGGUGUAUAUGAACUGCUGA